CCGCCCCUCCUUCCAGUCAGCCACUCCGAAACGCUCGCCCUCCGAGGCUUUGAGAGCCAUUUUUGUUUCAUGGCAGGGAGCUCGGCGGCUCUCGUUUCAAUGCUCUCAGAAGGGACUCGGUAAAAGACACCUGAAGUCCUUAUGCAUACCAGCUGUGAAGGUGCACCAUGAAUUUUGAAGAGCAGGGCAUGGGGAGGGUAGUCCAUUCCUGGGCCAGAUUUGCCCCAGCUGGGCAAACUGCCCUCGAAGAGGCCCUGAGGGUCUUUAACCCCAUGUCCAAGGAUCUGUCGGACACUGAAAGACAAAUGGCGUCCUUUCUUAAAGAGCUGAGGAAAGAGGGAGCCAAGCCUGUGAUUUUGAGAAGCAAGGAUGUAUAUGGAUACACGUCUUGCACCACAGAACCUAUCUCUUCCAGGAUUGGCAGCAAGGUUCAGAGAGUGCAGAAACCUUGCAAGAAGCGAGGUCGGAAAGGUUUAAGCAAGUCCAAGGAUGUGAAUUAUGCGAUGCUCAGUAGAGCGGCAAAAGACAUUCUACAAAACCAACCCAAGAUCCUGCUUAAAAAUCUCUCAGUGGACAGUCUUAAGCAGAACGUUGCGUCUGCAAUGCUAGAUAAACAUUCUGUUCAAGCGCAGCAGUGCCUCAAACUAACAAACAUAAAGGGGUUGACCGGAGGCCACACCGCAAGAUUGCAGAUUCAUUUUGGUUCGGAUUCCAAAAGCACCCCCAGUUUUGCUCUGGGACGGCCACCAGAUCUCUCCGGAAUCCCCCACUCUCCAACGGAAAAUGGCAGUCAGACGUCAAAUGUAGUUGCCUUGGACAACAAACGUGUUUUGUCAUGUCCGUUCAAAGUAGACGAUGCCCUUAUUGGAGACUCUGCCCCGGUCGUCUGUCAAAAUGGUUUCGGUCUUAAAGAUGGUAGCAUUUAUAAAAAGAUCGAAACCGUAUCAGGUAAACCUGAUGUGAUGACCAGCGGUCUGGACAAUGGUUCGGUGAGGAGACUCCGCUUCCAAAGCUAUAACUGGUCCCAGUCUACACUCACCAACGGCCAAGACGUUUCUAGACUGAAUGGCAAUGGUCUUGAAUGGAAGGUUAUAAAAGUAGACGAUUCGGUCACAGACGAGGAGGUGAGAAGGAAGGCACAGAAAAUCUUGCAAGUUAACUUGUCGCCUGUGAUACAGAUCCAUCCUCUUGUUGACUCUGUAUAGACUCGUUCUGGGGAAUUUUUGUUGUUGUUGUUUAGUUUCCUCUUCAGUUUUCUUGUUUCGCGAAGUUGCAUUUGUGGAAACAACAUCUAGGUUAUCUCCGGUUGGGAGUAUUGCAGUUACCUCCAAAUUUUGCAUUAUCAUCAAGUAGUUACUGACAUCAUAAUCCAAAGAUGAGAUGUUUUUUUGUUUUUUUUCUGCUCUCACAGUAUUUUGUUUUCCCCACACAUCUACCUUUCUUUUGUGUGUUGUUUUUUUUAUCUAACUUCUGAAGGAUUUGACUAAUGAACAAACCCUUAUUUAUGACUAUGCAGUUCCCAGAAUGUUCCUUGUGUUGGAAUACUGUGGGCAUGGACUGCUGUCUCACUGGAUCAUGGGAACAGACUGAAUUUGUAGAGUCCUUGGAUCCUGCUGAUGUCAAUGUCACCCAGGGACUUUUUUGACAUCAACAGUUUUCUUUUUUUUUUGUAAUAUGUUAGUCUGCCGGCAUAGACUGCAUAUGAUAUUUUUGUUUAGACUCUAACAUGUUCAAAUUGUGGGCACUUUUGCAUUUUAAUUUAAUUUCAGGGCAAAAUAAAUGGCCUUAUACUUUGAGAAGAGUGAAAUGUAACUGAAUCUUUGUACUUUUUCCUCCUUGGUGUACUUGUUUCUUUCUGCACUACAUUUCUCAUAAAUUCCUCAAAUGUUUCCUUUAAUGUGCCAACCCUGGUUUGUCGUUUCUUUACAGUUUUGUUGGUGCCAUGACCACAAAGAAUUGCAAAAAAAAAAAAGCGCUUCAUUUUCUGAGUUCUCAGCAUCCCGUCGAGCAGUGGACUUGCUUGUCCAUUGAUUGAACGUACCUCAAACACUUGAAUACGAAAAUGUUGUCCUCAUUAAUCCUGCAGUUCAUUCCAUACAUCCAUAAGUUGGUUGGUUCAUGUUUAUGUUUGAUGAUUUGUGGCCAUCUCGAUUGCCUUUUAUGCAUUUAACCAAAUUCUGUAAAUUACAAACUGAUUUUUAAUAGGAUGGUUUUGAUCCAGCGUUAAUUGGCGGUAGCAAAAUGGAAAAGGAAAAAUCCAUUCAGGUUGUCUGUUAAAUCUUGCUAAAGGCCAUUGUUCUGCCUCGCCAGGAUUCAUUUGAGGAUGAUUAAUGCGCAUAGAGCAAUCAUUUUAAGGCACAACAGGGAUGAAUGCUUGCUUUUUGUGCAAAAUAGGGAAGAGAUAUAGAAUUAAGAGGCCUUUGCCAUCUACUUUAGUUUGAAUGCGAACCAAUGGAGCAGUUUAUUGGCGCCACAAGGCAAACGUUUAAAAUGUUUUAUAAAUUUAAUUUUCGAGUUGACCAACAUAUGGGUUUCAUUUAAAAAAAAAACAACAAAAAAAAAAGUUUCGUUCACAUGCAAAAUACAACAAUUUGGUUUCCUGUUAAUCAGUUUUUAUUUUCAUCCAGUUGAAUCUGUGACACUCAGAAGCUGUAAAUGUCAGUGUUGUAUCUUUAGUUACUGUUACCGAGUUGUGAAUUAAAAAUAUGUUUGAGAAA